AUGACUCUCAAAUAUCUCGUCACCGGAGCCACGGGUGGACUAGGCUCACAGGUGCUGUCCUAUCUUGUUGCCAAUGUUCCUGCUUCAGAAUACGCUGCCGCCUCAUCAAGUGAAGCCAAUCGCAAGCAAUUUGAAGAGCAAGGCAUCGCAUUUCGGUUAGUCAACUACGAUGAUGCUUCUUCGAUGAAGACAGCAUUCGAAGAUGUCGAAAACCUGUUCUUUGUCAGCACCAGCACGUUUGAUGUCGAGAAGCGAGAGAAACAGCAUCAACGCUUUGUCAACAUAGCGAAAGAGAUGAAAGUCCAACAUGUGUGGUACACAUCUCUCGCGUUUGGUGGACUGCGGUCCGACUCCAAGGCAGAUGUGCAACAAGCUCAUUUAAGCACUGAGGAAAUGUUGCGGAACGCUGAUAUCAACUUCACGUCAAUUCGUGAAGGCCUCUACACUGAUGCCUUUCCGAUUUUCAUGGGCUGGUACCCCAGUACCGAGAAGGUAUAUCUACCGUCCGAUGGUCCGAUCGCCUUCACACUGCGGGCGGAAUUGGGCGAAGCAACUGCUCGAUUAAUGGUCCGAGGUGGUCAUGACCGAGAGAUUGUGCUGCUCACUGCACAAGAGGCAGUAACAUUCGCUGAUAUAAUCGAGGUGAUCAAUGAGACCACAGGCCGGCAGGUUCAGCUGGAGCUCGUCUCUCCCGAGGAAUUCGUGAAGGUCAAGGCCGCAGGGGAUGUCGGAGGAAAACCAAAAGCAUUCUUUGAGAAGCUGUUGACAUGGUAUGAUGCGAUCAAGAAGGGUGAUGCUGGAGUCACGGAUCCGUUGAUGGCGGAUUUGUUGGAGAGAGAGCCGACGCCGGCCCGAGAGGCCAUUCGCGCGUUUUUGAAGGAGGAUCGGGACUAUGAAUGGCAUCAAAAUUAUGCAAACCGGGGUUAG